GUUGACAUUGACAGCAUGAUAGCAUUUUACCGCAACUAAAAAACCAAAUCGUGACUUUCAAGUUUUAAUUUCCAAAACAUUUAAAUUGUAACCCAUCUAAUUGAAAUGGCGGCUUCAGUGAUCAACACUUACGCCGAUCCUUGCAUACCAGAAUGGAUGAACGCGCCCCACAGCACGGGCACCUCGAUCAUGGCUUGCGAGUUCGACGGCGGCGUUGUGAUCGGUGCGGACUCCCGAACGACCACGGGCGCCUACAUCGCUAACAGAGUAACCGACAAACUAACAAAAAUUACUGAUCACAUAUAUUGCUGUCGUUCGGGCUCUGCUGCCGACACUCAAGCGAUCGCAGACAUUGUUACCUACCAUCUUAACUUUCAUAAAAUGGAGUUGGGAGAGCCUCCUCUAGUGCAAACUGCUGCCGCAAUCUUCCGUGAGCUCUGCUACAACUACAGGGACUCCUUAGUCGCUGGUAUCUUAGUAGCCGGUUGGGACAAGAAGGAAGGAGGUCAAAUCUACUGUGUCCCUAUUGGAGGCAUGGUGCAACGGCAAGCAGUGUCUAUUGGUGGGUCUGGUUCUUCAUAUGUGUAUGGUUACGUUGACGCUAACUUCAAGUUACGUGACGGUUCGUCCGGAGGUGUGGUCCGCUUGGGCGUGAUCUCAGAGGCAGGUGUCGAACGUAGUGUGAUCUUAGGUGAUCAGUUGCCUAAAUUCUAUGAAGGUUGAUGUGCUCUUUGGAUAUACAAAUAAUAUAAGUUAAUAAAUUUUUUGUAAACUGC